GCACUCCCCGACCCUUCACAACCGGAGCUGAUAGGCUUGAAAAAGCCAUUUGGUCUUCUGCUUCCGGGCCUACAUGCUUUUGCGUCGGCCGCAAGAGAUGAAACGACGCCGUUUUGUGCACCUCUUCACCCUUCGACAUUCGCGACCUCGCAAACGGCCUCUCAUGUAGAGACGAGCUGCUGUCAACGUCGAGAACCGUCGCCUUCAGGCAGCAUAUUCAGUCGAUCUGCUGACGCAUCGGCUGCGGGGGAUUGCAAACUUGCUGACCGCUUGCCAGUGAGCUGCUCUCUGGGCUAUGGCAACUGCGAUAGCACACGGUCUCUUGAAAGGAACGCCAUCGCAUGGUCGACUGUGCCUAGCAACGGUCUACAGAGCCCUGGAAGGAGAUCCGCGGACGGGUUGUCGGAUGAAACGAAGGCUCCAGUCCCGGUGCCAGGUUGUCUUGGUUCAGGCGCAUGGAUCAACGAAAGCCAGAUUGGCCAUGCGAUGACUUGCUUUUGCCUGGACUGCAGUCUCGAUCGCGCCUCAGGGGGUCAUGACGAGGCCCUCAAACGCAUGAUGCUCGCCAUGAUGAUGUCGACGGUCGAGUUGUCGGGCUCGACGAACGUUGGAGCCUUGACGACGACCAACGGGGUCAAGAGGUCUGAACGUCUGGACAGGUCGGCCUGA